CGCUCUCAUAAACCACACCACUUCUACUUCUCAACCUCACCAACCAAACCCAACAAAUCCAUCAAGAUGCGUUUCUCCAUCAUUGCCACCUCCGUCUUCGCCGCCGGUGCCGCCGCACAGGGCGGUCUCGUCUCCUCCAUCCUCGGCCAGGCCUCUUCCGCCGUUGGUGGUGAGCUCUCAUCCAUCAUCGGCGGUGCAUCGUCCGCCGUUGCCUCCGCAACCUCUGCUGCUGGCUCUGCCGUCAGCUCUGCCGCCUCAGGUGCCAGCAGCGUUGCUGCCUCCGCUCGCAGCUCUGCCAGCGGUGUUGCCUCCUCAGUCGCCGGUGAUCUUUCCUCUGGGCUUGCCAGCUUGAGCUCCGCCGCCGCCAGCGCCGGACCCAGCGCCUCCUCAAGCAUUGCCGCCGCCGAGUCAUCGCUCCGCUCCUCCGCCAGCCGUGCCGCCAGCUCUGCUGCUUCGCGUGCCUCCAGCGCCGCCGCCUCCACCGGUGGAGCUGCUCAGCCCACUGCUCUCCCCGUGAUGGGCGCUGUUGCUGGUGGUCUCUUUGCCAUGGCCGGUCUCUUGUAAACGGCUCGCACGACCACCAUCUUUCGAUCAUCGAUCAGCAAGUCGACCUAACGGUUUCCUCGGUACUGAUCAGGCCAUGUCAGCUCGGAGCUGAACUCACGUCGUCUCUAGGAGACGCACAUAGAUGAAUAUGGAUAUGGGUGCACGGUGGAGUUGGGGUUAACCAUUCACUUCAAUAGCCGUUUAAUAUGCCUUCCAAAUACACACAUUUACAUCAAUUG